AUGUCGCUUUUUCCCUUCCGUGAGGAGCGGCACAUCAACCAGCUGUACGAGACGGACGACAUCUACGACUUUAUUGGGCGUGGGACGUUCGCCUCGGUCUUUAAGGCCGUGGGCCUUGUGGACGUGGCGGGACUGCGGAAGGGUGACGCGGUCGCGCUGAAGGUGUUCAACAAGCGCGACCUCACCUCUGAAAAGAUGCGGCUGGACGUCAUCAACGAGGUGGAGGUGCUGCGUCGGAUAAACCACAAGAACUGCGUGCGCCUGCUGGACUGCUUUCAAACCCCGCUCCAUGUUGUGAUUGUCAUGAACUACGUGGACGGGGCGGAGCUCUUUAAGGCCCUCCGCGACACGGUCUUUACGGAGGCGCAGGUGCGAUUCGUGACGCAGCAGCUACUGGAGGCCCUGGACUACCUCCACAACGUCGUUGGCGUCGUGCACCGCGACGUAAAACCGGAAAAUAUAUUAGUAACGUCCACGGGAAGCGAGGAGUUUCACGUGACGCUGGUGGACUUCGGCCUCGCGCGAUCGCUCGCGCGCAAGAGCGCCGGACGCCGACGCUUGGGAGGCGCACGGUUCUCACUGCACGCCCUGCCGGAGUCCACCAGCGCGGAGUCGCUCGACUCCCACUGCGACAGCCCGCUCAUUGCCACACCGUGCGGGACGCUGAACUACGCGGCGCCCGAGACGGUGAAGAGCCUCACGCAGAGCGGCGGGCAACUCGCCACCACGCCGGACCUCCUCGCCCGCAUGGACGUCUACGCCGUAGGCACCAUCUUGUACGUCAUGCUGGUCGGCAAGCUUCCCUUCCGUCACUGCGGGAACAAGCUGCAGCUUGUCAAGGAGAUGGAGGCCGGGGCCCCCUUCGCCGAGGCGCGAUGGAGCAGUUUGCCGCACGAGGCCAUUGAGCUCACCAAGGCGCUCCUUUUCUUUGACCCCGCAAAGCGGCCACGGGCGCGGGAGGCGCUUCAGUUCGACUGGUUCCAUCCAGAAGUGGCAGAGGAGGUUGGCGUCGGCGUCGGCGGUGACGGCGGUAGCGGUGCGUUGGAAGGGGAGGGCUGGAAGAUGCCUGAACUCAUGGGAGAUCGGGAAUACAUGAAGCUGGCGUUUGACGCCAUGAAGCCGCCGGAGAACGCCAUGUACGACAACAACGGCGCCGCCGUCGGUGGCCGCUGCAUUAGUGUCCCAUUCGGUACAUCCCGGUCUUCUGUGACCUCAUACUUUGGCUUCUGCCCGUAG